UUUAAAAGUAUGCUCCACAAACUGAUUGAGUUAAUGCAGGAGCGUCUAUUCUCUGCAUCUUUCCUUGUCUGAGCAGAGCAGAGAUCACAGGGGGUUCUCGUGGCUGAAACAGAACUUACCUACGGAGUAGCUGAAAAACUGAUAUAAAUGGGAUCCCUAAUCCGAACCCUGACAUUGUGCUUUUUAACCCUCCAAGCCUUCGCAGCAGAGCAAGAAGAUGUUGAACCCAUGGUGAUCACAAAGUAUGGGAGUCUGCGUGGGAAAUCAGCGACGGUAAAAGGGACCGAGCGACAAGUCCAUGUGUUUCUUGGGAUCCCCUUCUCAAAGGCUCCGGUUGGGGAAUUAAGAUUUGCUCGUCCGCAGCCACCAGAACCUUGGAACUUCAUCAGAGAUGCAACUAAAGACGCCCCCAUAUGCUUGCAGAACAAAUUAGCAGUGAAAAAAAUGGCUGAAGCGUUCAGAGCAGAGUUUAAGGUUCCCCCAAUUUCUGAGGACUGCUUGUAUCUAAAUAUCUACACUCCCGGAGAUCGAGACAAGGAUUCCAAGUUACCAGUUAUGGUGUUCAUUCAUGGAGGUGGAUUAAGAAUGGGAUCUGCGACUUUGCAUGAUGGAUCUGCAUUGAGCGCGUAUGAGAAUGUAGUGGUGGUGUCAAUCCAGUACAGACUGGGAUUACUGGGAUUCUUUAGUACAGGGGAUGGUCAAGCACCUGGAAACUAUGGAUUUUUUGAUCAAGUUGCAGCUCUUCAGUGGGUUCAGGAAAACAUUAAGGACUUUGGUGGAGAUCCUCAAUCUGUCACCAUAUUUGGACAUUCUGCAGGAGCCAUUGGUGUGUCUGCUCUGGUGUUAUCUCCCAUAUCUAAGGGCUUAUUCCACAGAGCCAUCGCAGAGAGCGGGACUGCAAUAAUGCCUGGACUGAUGGUCACCCAACCUGAAAAUGUGACAGCCAUGGCUAGGGUUGUUGCUAGUUUAUCCGACUGUGAUUUGGCUGAAGUUGUGGACUGUUUGAAAACGAAAAGUGAAGGAGAAAUUCUUUCAAUAGCGGCAGCAAUGAAUUUUAUGCCUUUUCCUGGCUGUGUGGACGGUGUGUUUCUUCCAAAAAGUGCAGAAGAGAUUUUGGCCGGUAAAGAGAGCCACGAUGUCCCCUUGAUGAUUGGAGUCAAUGACCAUGAGUUUGGCUGGGUGCUUCCAAAGAUAUUCAACAUGAGUGCACUAACAGAAGGAAUGGAUAAGGACAUGGUCCGGUCUGCUCAAAGUUCCAUUAGUAAAUUGGGGAUAUCUCUGGAUGUACCUUAUGUGCGGUUGGAAGAGAAGUUCAAUGUAAAUGAUCCAUUUGAACUCAGAAAUUGGUUCUUGGACAUGUGUGGAGACAUUCUAUUUGUUAUACCUGCUCUUAGAACUGCAAAGUAUCAUCGAGAUUCCGGAUACACUGUUUACUUCUACGAAUUUCAGCAUCGCCCUGCAUCAUUCAAAGAUUUAAAGCCAGAUUUUGUCCGAGCAGAUCACGGAGAUGAAAUUCUGCCAGUGUUCGGAGCCCCAUUCCUGAAUGGCGAUGUCAUUUUCAAAGAUGCUGCUACGGAUGAAGAAAUCGCUUUCAGUAAAACCGUGAUGAAAUACUGGGCCAACUUUGCUCGCACUGGUGAUCCCAAUGGACCUGCUUUGGUAAAAUGGCCGCUAUUCAGUGAAGAUGAAGAUUAUCUGGAAAUUAAUGUGGAACAGAAACCAAACAGGCGGCUGAAGCAAGAAAGUCUAGAUUUCUGGACGAAAACCAUGCCGGAAAAAGUCUGCAAUAUGUCACAGGAAAAUAAAGAUCAUGUGGAGUUAUAGAUAUGUCUAGAUCAAUAUUUUUUCAGUUCAAAUAAUAUGAAAUCACAGCUAAAAAAAAGGGACUGCAAAAUGUACAUGAUGGAUGUUUAAACAAAUAGACCAUUCUGAUGGAUGAGGAAGAUACUGCCAGUGACC